AACCUGAAGUCACAUGACUAUAUUUUUGAAACCUAGUUUAUUGAAGCGCUAUUUAAUAAUCAUUUAAGUUGCUAUGUAAUAAGAAUUAAAUUAUGAAUAUAUACUUCAAUAAGAAUAAAUUUUAUUAAUUUGAAUUGUGUGUUAUGGAUAGUUAUGACAAUUAAAAAAGCUGAAUAAUUCGAGGAGAUAUAAAAAGAAGAAGACAGGCGCGUUAACGUGAUGUUAUAGAGAGUUGUUGAUAAACACAAAAAAAGGAAACACCUUACAUCAACUUGAAAAAAAUUUUUAAAGUAAAUACUUUAUAUUUUUAAAUUAACGGUGAUUCAUCAUUUAUUCAAAAUUAAUUAAUUUCAUGAAGAGAAAAUGGAUCAGCUUUCUGCCGAAAAACGAUUAUCUCUUGCAUAUUUGCUAGUUAUUGCAGCAGGUGCAGCAUCUAGUAUAUCAACUGGAGUUGCUUGGAGUCAUUGGUACAGAACAUUAGAUCAGUGCGUUGGUCGCAAUUGUAGUUGUAUUAUAUAUGGAACUCACACUAUGCAAUACUUCCUUGGAGGUGGUCAAGCUCCAUGUAUUUGGGUAACUUUUGGACCACUUAUUUACUUAUUUUUCACAAUUGGCUUGAUAUGUUUCCAUGGAUAUAGAGUACUUUUUACGACUAAAUCUCCAAGUGGUAGAAGUACUAGAACUAUGUUAGCAAAAUUAGAUACAGGGGAAUCAGUGCAAAUAGAAGCCAUAUCUCAAGAAACUACAAGUCACCUUCCAACAGCUUAUUGGAUCAUUGUAUCUACAAUCACAUCUUUUUUCACUAUAUAUUCAUUGAUUCAUUUCAUCAUAUAUUUAGAUGGUUACUAUCACACUUGUAACCAAUAUCGUUCUACAUUGGAAAGAUUGCUCAGUUUACAUGGUUCAGCUUUGCCCGUUAUUCAUCAGAGAUUAAGUUGUUCAGGGAUAUUUGAUUUUAUGGAUUAUAUGCAAACAGAUUCCGGUAAUGCUUAUCGAGAUGGUAUUAUUAAUACAGGUGCAUGUCUUAUAAUAGGAAUUGUAUCAUCUUUCUUUAGUUGGACUGCAUUUUUGAGUACUAGUGUCAUUAAUAUCAUGGUGGCAAGAAGGAAUAAUGAGUAAUAUGUUCAGAACAAAGUGUCAUGUUAGAUAUAUAAAUAUGGAUGGGUGGGGAUAUGGUAGAUAUUCGUUCAUUGGUAAGAAGUGGUCCGAUUUUGUGGUCUCAAUAUGCCUACUCCGCGCAACGAAUCACCACUUACCAUCAAGAACACUGUUGACACUAAAACACUCACUGCUGGUCUUGAGCAGGGGAACUAGUCGCCUGGACCUUGUAAUUAUAGAGAACCUAUUGGCGGGUUUUGAGGUUUCCCUUCCUUACAUCAAAGGUGUAACAGACAAAAUUUGCAGAAUCUUUAAACCCCACGGUAUUCGCACAAUCUUCAAACCCAAUCAGAAAUCAGGUCCAGGCGACUAGGUACCCAGUUAGCUCAAGACCAACAAUGAGUGUGUUAGUGUCAACAGUGCUCUUGAUGGUAAGCAUAUUAUUUUUAUUUUCUAUUUUAAUCAUUUUAUAUAUAUUUCUUUUGGUUUCAGCUUUUCAUUUCCUCGGUAAAAUUCCAAGGAGUAGUCAUAUUGAGGCCUUGGAAUAAACCACCAAAAAGGGGUGAUUUGUUGUGUGGAUUAGGCAGAUUAAGACCCGGAAACAUAUCACUUCUUACCAAUGAACGAAUAACCGAAUAACCACCGUAUCCCCACCCAUCUCUUGAUAAUGGCCUUAAAGUGGAGCCGAAACGUCGAAAAUUUUUAAAACUCCAACGUGUUUCAACCCGUGAACACCUACUUUAUGGCAGUCUCUCGAAUCUGCAUCCUUUGCUGCAGAGUGGCUGAUCUUUUCAUCUUCCUCUUUUUCUUCUUCAGCAGAAGCUUGUUACAGGAUGAGGUCAAUGAUCUACUCAUCAUCAAGAUCUUCAUUUUUAAGGCUGGUUACUUCAGCUAGCCAUUCCUCUACUUCAGAAGAAUGGAUAUCACUUUGAAUAGAUUUCAGAUCACGGACUAAUUCCGCCGUGUCUGGCUCGGGAAUGUCUGGUGUCUGGGCUAGGCUGGGACAAACCUUCUUCCAUGAUUUUUGUAGAGUGGUUUUCUUGACUUCUUUCCAAGUUUGAGCAGCUAAGUAAAUUGCAGCUUUAAUGUUUAGGCAUGUCUUUUUUCAGUUUUGAUCCUGAUACAGUUUCAUUCACUAAAGCAAGAGUUUUUUGUUGGAGCAUUUUAUAAUUUAGUCCUGACUCAUAAAUGUUGAAGAGUUGAUCUGUUACAAGUUUAUUUUCAGACACAAAUUUCGAACUUUUCAACGAACUCUUUAGCAUCAUCAUCAUCGGCUGAAAGUUUUUCUCCUGAAAUAACAACUUGUCUAACGUUGUGACGAUUUUUCCAUCACCAAAGCCAACCUUAAUUUGCUGUAAACUCAGUUUCUUCACAGCCAAAUUUUUUGUGCAACUGAAUUGCUUUUUCUUUUACGAUGGGUCCUGAAAGUGGAAUUUCUUUACAUCUUUCUUGGCAAAACCAAACCCAAACCUCUAAGAGUUCAAGUUUUGGUUUCUUUAAUGCUUUUAUAGUUUUUAAUGCAUGUUCAUUUUCUACCGUUAUUGAAUAAGCUUCAAGAUCUUUUCGGUUUUUUUUUCAGUCUUUAAUGGUUGUUACGCCAACACCCAUUUCAGAGGCUAAUUUAGCAACUGACUCAACUUUGUCCAGUCUUUGUAAAACACUUAGUUUCUGUUCAAUUGUGCACACAAUACGUUUUCUCUUCGUACUCAGUCAGUCAGCCACUAUUACACUUACAACCUUUCUCUUGUAAAGUAACACCACCGUAAAUUUUUAAAACGAUAACACUACACGAAAUAUGUAUGUAAAAUAGUACUGAACAGGUCUGCAGACUUCUGGCAACUAACCGAUAAAAUGAACUUGACUCAGAUGGUACGCAAAGAAAGGAAGGGCAGACACCUGCUUGUUGUGUCGCCACUCGAGUGGCAGCACAAUAAGCCGACGUCUGGUCGGAUAACCCGGGGAGGCGGAUGAUCCGAGGUCGGAUAAUCGAGGUGCCACUGUAUAUAUAAAUAUGUUAGGCUGUGACCUCUAAUACAUUGACUUAUGAUUGGAGGGCAUUGUGUAACUAGGUGAUCUAGACUUUUAUGCUCUUUCUCAUAGAACCUGUACUCGUCAGUUUCUUCGAUACUUAUGUAGCAUGUUUUUACUCAAGAUAUUUCUUAGAUCCAGCAGUAUUAAAUCUUUGGGAGUAUCUGUAGGAGUGAUCCGUUUCUGGAAGAAUCCACCAAAUAAUUUACACUUUGUGUUUCUUUUCUGGCAAGCACAAUAGUCUUUUUCAUUUCUGUAUGACCAGGUGCACAAAUUGUUCUUGCCUAGGUCAUUUAGUUUCCAAUGAUAUUCCUAGAUCAGCUUUGAAUUGAUGUUAUGGAAGCUCAAUGCUUUGAUAGCAGUCUGACUGUCAGAAUGAAUGACUAUAUUAUAUUUCUGACAUGACACCUCAAUUAUUUAAUGUUUUUGUCUCCGUCCACUAAUUUCUACUUUAUUCCUGGCUGCGACUAAUGUAUUUAAAAAGUACAAAAAUUUAUUCUAAACUUGUGCCUUUAAAUUAUGAAAAAAAUAUUUUAAUCAACUGAAAUUUGUUUGAUUUUAAGUGGAGAAAAUUUACUAAAUAUGAGUUUUAAAACUCAAAAUUGUCUACAAUAGUUAUUGAGUAACUUUGUUGUUUUUCUAAUAAAAUUAAUUUAUUAUACUUUAUUAUUAAAAGUUAAUUAACUUUUUCUAUGUAAAGUGAGUUAUGCAGUGGUGGAUUUACAGAUUACAGAAAAACAUUAUAUUUUAAAAUAAGGAAGAUAUGUUUUGAAAAUAUUCAACACUGAAUAAAACUUAACAAUGAGUAACCUUAAUACAACAGGGUAUUUCAAAAAAGGUGAUCCCGUCUCUAGUGUAGAUAGGAAACAGAAAAAUAUUUGGUGUUGAGUGAAAAAUUUUCAUAACUUCAACCGUAUUCGUUGAAGAAAAAAAACAGACAUUUUUUACGAUUUUGCCGCAACCACUGACGACAUUGUAUUGAAAUUUUAUUCUAAUAUCUUUUGGAAGCUGAUACAUCCAAUGAAUUUUUUUUAAGUCAGACUCUCAUAGAGGUAUUAAACAUAACAUUUUCAAUAUUAAACAUCAUUUAAUUUUACACCAAAAAGGUACUUUUAAAACUAGAUACUGGGUACCGUUUUCGAAAUGGAAAUCCAGUCUAAUCAGUAUAGUAUCUUUUUUUUUCAAAGUUAAAUAAGUAUGGGCACUAAGCUAUUUGAGGCCUUAGUAUGAAACAAACAACAAUUUGAUGAUUAUGUAUUGUGGCUCUGGGACUCAAACUGUUGUUUGUUUUAUGCUAAGUUAAAAUAGCUGAAUACUCAUAAGUUUAUGCUAUAGAGGUAAAUUUACAUCAAGAAAUAAAAGACAACGUCACUUUAAUGACCUCAUAGCUGACUCCCAAUUGUUUAGAAGAUUAAUGGAUUCUUUAGAAAAAAGGAUAGACUUGUGUAUUCGUGACAACGGAGAACAUUUACUCUAAUUUAAUUCUAUUUUAUUUUAUUACCUUUUUUUAAGAGUACUUUUUUGGUCUAAAGUCAAGUGAUGUUUGUUCACUUAAAAUUUUGUUCAAUAAAACUAAUAUUGAAAAAGUUAUGUUCAGUACUACUUGGUACGAACCGUGUAACUAGCGCCCUCUAUGAGAGUCAGACAUAAAAACAAAUUCAUUGGAUGUAUUAGGUUUCAAAACAUAUUCAUAUAAAAUUUCAAUACAAUGUUACCAGUAGUUGCGGAAAAAUCGUAAAAAAUGUUCUGUUUUUUUCUUUAACGCCCUUUAUAUUGAAUACGGAUGGCGUUACGAAAAUUUUUUACUGAGAAAACCCCAAAUAUUUUUAAGUUUUUUAUCUAUCCUAAAGAGUGAAACACCCUGUAUUUUUUAGUACAUUUAGAAAUAAAUAUUUUUUUCUUGAUUAUCUGUUGAUGUUGCUUAUUAACCCAUUAAUAUCCAGAACUAUGAAAAUGUUUUAAAAUAAUUAGAGUGAAUGUUUAAAUAUUUGAAUUGUGGUUUAUAUUUAUCGUGAGUUGUUGUUUUUUUUAAUUCUAUGUAAUGUAAGCACAAUUCAUGAAAUUUAUCAAACCAUCUAUUGUCUAAUAGAACUAGACCACAACGUAGAUUUUUUUGACAUUUACAAUUCCUUCCAAAACUAUGAGGAAUUUUCUUAAAACAGAUACUCUAUUUUCGAGAAACCUUAUUCACAUCAAAAUUCAUUUUUUAAGAUAUGUGUAAUCUUCAAAGGGCAACAAUUUCCUUAAAACUUUUGUAAAUUAAGUUAGAUCACACAAAAUUACAUGUAGUAGUUUAGAUUUGGUAGAAUGUUUUAUGGAUACCAUAUUUAUAUUCACAAUUUUACAGUAUUGACUGAUUUUGACAACGAUUUUACUAUUUGAUUUUUUUUUAAAUAUACAUAAUCGUUUUAUAUGA